CUUCUGCUCCCUACUCGCAUGUGAAAACUCACUCGGCCGCACACAUGUAAUCUGGUUCCUUUACUUGUCUUAAUUUUUAUGAGAAAUAACAAAAUGGAAGUUGAUGCGGAAAAAUCAAAUGAAGGCCAACAGAAACCAGUAACUAAUUCAUUAGCAUUUUGCUGGAGUGAAUUGGUAUCCAAUCUUAUGAGGUCAUUACAAGACUUAGCUUCAUACAAAGGAGUGCCUCCAGAGGUGUAUUUGCGUCUAGGUGAUGAAGAAAUGAUGGUGCAUGGGGCUUUGCUAGCAGCGCUAAGCAGUUGGUGGAGAAAACGCCUUGAUCCUCUUCUCCAGCAGAACACCCUGAUUAUCCACAACAUAACGGUAGGCUUCCAGCCAACCCGUGGAGCACUUUAUGCCACAAGAUCUCUUUUAUAUUCUGGUAACAUGACAGUAUCAUCAUCUCUGCUAGAACAAGUUCAGAGUGUUACAAGAUCACUAAAUCUUGACAACCAUGAAUUGUCAUACUCAGUUUGUAGUAAUGGCAUGUAUUCAGUACAAUGGACAGGAUUUAAAGAACAUUUGGUACGAGCUUUGCAGUAUAUGUGUUGCCAUCAGCAAUGUACAGAUGUUGCUGUCGUUGUGAAUGGCCAUAUCAUUAAAGCACAUAAACUGAUACUUGGUGCAGCAAGUCCAGUACUCAAUAGUGCCUUUCAAGAAGAUCAAAGGAUACGAAUAAUUCACCUACCAGAUGUAAAAGUAAAGAUAGCGCAGAGCCUUAUCACAUACAUGUAUUUUGGUAAAACUUGUGUCCAAAAGGAUAUGUUAUUGGAGUUUCACAAAUUAUGUGGAGCUUUCCAAGUGGAGAGUUUGCAAGAGUUAACAAAGAAGUUUGCUGCAAAAGUUUCAGGCAGUAGUGAUAAGAGGCCAAAGUCACAAGUCACCAUCCAUGCUCGUGUGAGGCCGGAAGCUAAGGAUUUGUGGGCACGACUACAGCAAUAUUAUACUGUAGGGAGGAAUGCUGAUCUUAUGCUAGUAGUGGAGAAUAAAAGAAUGCUUGCUCAUAAAACUCUGUUCAGUGCAAUUUGCCCUCCCAUUCAUGAGCUAUUGGUGCAAGAACUCUCAAAUGAACAUGCUCUUGUUAUAAUAACAAGUAUGAAUCACUCAUUAUGGGAAGGUAUACUGAACAUUAUGUACAGAGGUUUUUGUACAAUAGUUUGCACAGCAAUAAGCACCGUUUUUUCUCAUAUUGAUCUGUCAUUAUUUGAUAUUGAAGUUAAUGAGGUCAAACAAACUCUAAAUUGUCAGCAGGCAGAUAAGAAUAAUCAAAACCCUACUUUGAUCAACCAAAGAUUAAGUUUGCUAAAGCAAACCUUAAAGGAGACAUCUUUUGAGAAUAAUAAACUAAGUGUAAAGAAAAGGAAAUCAGUUUCACAGUCUGAGAAAGCAAUGGAUGAUGCAAGCAGCUCAAAGCAAAGUCAAAAUGCAAAGAAAACUAGAAGACACAAUGCAAGACUUGAAGAUCAGGAAUCUAUUCACAAAAUGAUUGGGGAAAUAAACUCAUUAAAUGAUGCAGCUACCUGCAGCAAAGAAAUUGUAAAGCCAGCUGAGCCAGAGCCAAAGACGUACAAGGAAAAGGGAAAUCCUCAACCAUCAUCAACCACUGAGAGCAGCAUUUUUGAACAGAAUCUUUCUUGGGCAGGAGAGGGGGAAAUAUUGCAGGAUAGAGUUUCAGAUGAAAUUUUUCCUCAGUUCAAGCGAGACAAAUCCUACAGUUGCAUGGAGUGUGGUGCUUCAUUCCCGUCUCUGUUAACACUAAUGGUUCACAGUCAAAGCAGUCACACUACAGUGGUCACUCUGGAAACCUGUGAGCUUUGUGGCAAGUCAUACAUUCAAAUUGAAGACACUCAUUUAGGUAAUCAACCUUUGAGCUGUGAACAGUGUGCAAAAUCCAUCAUCCAGGGAGGGGUUUUGCAUCAGCAUUACAAGACAAAUGAAGAAGAAAAACAUGAGAGAAGUCUUCAGUGUCCACAUUGCUCAGAAAUAUUUUCUCUCAAAGAUCUUUUGGAAGACCACAUUAACAUGAAACACACUGGAUUUGCUCAUCAUGACUUUCAGUGUUCAAAAGGUUUUGCAUCACCACCCAGACCGCAAAAUCAGAUGAAACAAGAAAGCGGAACUGCUUUGAAGCAUAUGUGUAUAGAGUGCAAAAUUACCUUCAAAUCAGAAAGUCAACUUCUUGCCCAUAUGAAGUCACAUAGUUUCAAGGUCAAACAAUAUGAGGAAAUGCCUUCCAUAUGUUCAAAAUGUGGCCAACAGUUUUUAACAUCUGACAGAAUGAAGAUGCAUGAAUUAAAAUGUCAGGAGAGUCAGAAUGAGCAGUUGCUUUUAGAUGCAAUCAUCACAUCACCAAGAUCUUAUGAUAAUAUGUUUUCAGAAGAACAGGCCAAAAAUCUGAUGUCAUCAUUUGAUGUUACUCAGUUAAAUGAAUUGAAAGGUAUGGAGAUACACAGAAACAGGGCAAAAGAUGAGAGUUCUGAGAAGUAUCUGGAUAGCAACAAACAAAAUUAUUUUUGUCCAGAUUGUGGAGAAAGUUUUUCCAACAUCUCAUCCCUUAGUGCACAUGCAGAGGCACUAAACCAUGCCUCUGUUGAAGAAUCAUGUUGGAUUUGUGGCUUGUGCAGUAAUGCUUUCUUAAGAGAAGAUGAAUUAACAAGGCAUAUGAAAGUACAUGAAGACUUCAUGGCGGACUCUCAGCUCCCUGCACAUAUUCAAGGUGAAGAAGUAGCAGUGUCAGAUAUUGUCCAAAAUGAAUGUCUAAAUAGAAUUGUGCAAGUCUCCACUUUACCCUAUAAUCAAGAUACUGUUAUAGGCAGCCAUAGACAUCAGUCAUUUGAAAAUGGAAAUGUCACAGGAAUGUAUAUUUAUCAGUACUAAGUGUCUCAAACCACAGUAUACCAGGACACCCAUCCUAACAAAAGCACAUGUUGCAUCUUAUAAUUUAGCAGAAGAUUUGUUCAAUGCAAAUGGGAAGUAAAACUGCUUGACUAAGUUUUUAUGAGUAAUGUGCAUGCCAAAGAAACGAAAGUUGUAACUGCUGUGAUACUAUGUUAACUUUGAUAUAGCAAAACAUAAUCAAUUAUUUAAUUGUCGAAGUGAAACAACAAUUACAGUUGGCAUAUGUACUUUUCUAUUUUCUUUUUAAGGAUAGCUUAUAGGCAAAGGAACUUUUUUGACCAUUACCUGAAAUUUAACAGUUAUCAGAUGAUUAGUAUAGAAUGAAAUACAUUGUCAUUUUAUGUAUUUUAUUAUUACAUUUUACUUUCCAUUUAAUAUGUGUAUUCAGUUGGUUUACUACCUUAAUUAGAUGUGAUGUGAUAAUAUAUAUAAUUACUGUUUCAUAUAAGUAUGUGAUUAUGGAAUACAAGCCAUUGGUGCUUCAUAUUACUAUGGCUUCAAAGAUGAAAUAGAUUUUUUU